AGCAGGCAUCAGUUUGUAAUUAGACAUUCCUUAAAAAUGUUGAAAUUACUAUCAGCUUUCGUAUUAGCGGUUCUGCUGGCCGAGGUAACUGGCCAACGCAUUAUAUUGCCAACGUAUAGACCACCCCCCAAAAGACCCGUUAUUAUUCGUACUGUGAGGGAUACAGGAGUCGAAGAGCCAAAAUGGCUGUAUGAAGGUGACAUACCACGAGCACCGGCAACUGGAGACCAUCCUUACUUGCCUUCUUAUAUAGAUGAUAUUAGACUGGACCCAAAUACAAGAGUUGCUCGCAGCUUGGAUUCUCCUAGUGGUAAACGUUAUGGUGGAGGAUCGCAUACAUCUUCAAGAGGAAGGGAUACCGGGGCUACUCAUCCAGGAUACAAUCGUCGUAAUGCUAGGGAUAUUAAGAUUCCCCGCAACCCAUUCCCUACGCUGCCACCUUUCAAUCCGCGAGUUCGACUGCCACACAUCAGAAUUGCUUAAAUAUCACCGUAUUAUAACUUUGUUAAUUAUGAAAUAAAUGAUCUGCAUUACAUA